CGAAAUCUCGCUACAGUAAAGAAAUAUAUCCAUUUCUGAACUUAGGAUCUUGCUGAGUACUAAAGGUAGUUUAGUCUGGCGAAUUUUUACGAAAUUCAACCCGGUAUAUUUGGAAUAAAUGGCCUCCGAAAUGGGCAUCUCAGCUCUCGUGGACUAGAUGGUAUUGGAGGAAGUCUAUUGAAACAUCACGGCAUUGUAGGGUCCCUACGAGCACACGAGCUGGGUAAGCAGCGUGGAAUUCUCUCGUUUGCUCCUAAUAUUUUGGCUCUUUCUUCAAGCCAUUACAGCUUGGCUCGGGGUCUUCUUAAGAUAAUUCAUCCAAGGUCUUGGAUCUCUACUCACAAGAAGUCGUGGCCAGUUUACGCGCGCGUUGGGAGAGUUUCGCGAUCGACCACCGUACUCUUUAGUUUGGCAGCUCCAUGCCUCUGCUAAACAGAAAACCGUUUUCACCAACAAAACUACCUUCAGAUCUGAAACCUGACGAGGAAGUCUUUGUUUGUCGCUAUACAAAUGAAAUUUUUCGGGAUUAUAGGUCAUUUUUCGAGCGGACAAUUUUGUGCAGCAGCCUACUUUGGAGCUGUAAAUAUACUGGCAAGAGUGGAUUAACCUACCAAGAGGCGCUUGAGUCGGAAAGGUCGAUUAGAAAACAAGCCCAUAGCCUCCCAGAGCCCAUCCAGCGAGCGGCGCUGACUCUGGUCCACCACACUCAACGUGGUCGUUUAGCUAAUUUAUGCGAUGAAGUGUUUUCCUAUCUGAAAGAUCGCUACCAGGAAGGCGAAGAAGUUGAUAUACACUACCUCUCGAGCAAGAAGAGAGGCAUUAUAACCAGGGUUAUUUCCCCUUAUGAGCAAACAAGCCAGGCAACGAAAUAUCAAAGCUAUCCAAGUCAUGGAUCAAAGCCAGGGAAACUUCUCUCUCCAAAAUCAAGAAAGCAAAGCCAAUCUGGAGGAGCUUCACAGUCUCCUACAUCUAAGCAUCGUAACAGCAGUUCUGAUCGAACACCUUCUAAAGAAAGGAAAAGUAGUUCUAGUAGCUCAGACAGCCAGCCUUUAUCUACCCAAUCUAAAAAGUACAAUUCAGAGGGCAAGUCUACUAAAUCUCCAACUGUGAAAUCACCAAGGAGGAGCAUUGAUGAGGAAUCUCCAUCAAAACAUAAAUCACAGAAACUUAGUGAAGAAAGUUCAGGUCAAAAGACUCCUAGCAAAUCUAGAAAGCUUUCAUCUGAGGGAAAAAGCAUGUCAUCUGGCAAAGCUAUAAGUGAUAAGGCUACAAAAAAGGCAUCUACACCCUCCUCAAAGAAAGGCAGGGAGGAGAAGCUCACUUCUCCAAGGAGCAAGCAAUCUUUUGAGGGAACUGCAACAGAGUCACCAAAACCCAAAACACCAAAUACUGGUAAAACAAAAAGUUUUGAGGGUGAAAUUGUCAUUAUUGAUGAUGACAACAAUAAAGGAGAUAAAAAGACUUCUCAAGGAACUUCCCCAAAGUUAUCAUCUCCCAAAGAGAAGCCAGUGUAUAACUGGCCUUCUGCAGCUCUUUACAACUAUGAAAUCAGAAUUCAGUCAGAUAAAAGGGACAAGGGAUCAAAGAAAAAGGAUGGUCAUGUUGAGAUUAUCAUCGUUCAAUCAUCCAUGGUCAGUCGUAGAAAGGGUGUGUUCACAAGAGACAAAGUGAAAAUGUUCCUUAAGAUUAGCUGUGAGAGGAGUACUCCCCAUUCUGAAGAUGGUAUCUAUAUUGUUCAGAGAACAUUUCGGCAGAAGUUUGAUUUGGGUGAACCAGACAUUCCACUGAAGCUUGCCUCUCCUCCAAAGGACAAGAAACAAAAGAAAAGAAAUAUCUCUCGCACUGUGCAAGAUGGAGAGGGUGAGCCAGCUAAAAAAAAAAGGAAAAGAAAGAAGGAUGAAGAAAGAAAGAAUGAAGGAGGAGUUUCUUCCAAAAAGAAAGGAAAGAAGGAGAAGGAUAACAAAGACAAGAUGAAGCUGCCACCUGAGGAGUGGCGCAAAAUCAUGGAACAAGAAAAAGAAAAGAGAAAAAAACAGUUGGAAGAAGAAAAAGAAAAAAAGAGACUGGAAAGAGAAAGGGAAAAAGCUGAGAACAAAGCCAAGAGAGAGGAGGAAAGGGCGGUGAAGAAGAUUGAAAGAGACAAAGAGCGUGAAAGACAAAAGGAAGAAAAGAGAUUGGAGGCUAUACGACUGAAGGAAUGGAACAGACCAAGAGAAGAUCUAGAGUUGGAUGAUUUGAAGGAUCUGCCUAAAACUAUUCCAGUCUCCAUCAAACUUUCAUCCAACUUGUUUGGAGAUAUGAUGAUGGUCUUGGAAUUUCUCACUGUCUUUGGAAACCUGUUUGACAUCAGAGAUGAAUUUCCUAAUGGUCUUACAUUUGCUAUGUUAGAAGAGGCUCUGACUGAACACGAUGCAGAGGGUGUUUACUAUGAUUUGCUGUUGUUCUUGUUGGGAGCAAUACUUCGUACUCACUUAGAGGAAGAGGAGGAAGAAGGCUUGGAUGGCACUCAUGAGCAUGAACCUGUUAUGGAUCUUGAAGAUGAUGGAAAUGAGAAAUCUCAGGCAACAGUGUCAGCUUCAGCCACAAUGGCAGCUGCUUGGCCAAUGCAGCACCAAGGAAAACCUCUCCAUGAAUUAAUAAUGGACCCCUUCACAAGUUCUGAGCUGCUGAGAUUGCAUUUGUUAUCAUCUGGUGCCAGAAUAGGUUGUGGCGAGUCAUCUUAUCGCUGGCAGCGUCGCGGUGGAUUUACAUACAGUGAUGACGCUGGAGUAGAAUUUCGCCAUGCUGAACCUCAGUUAUUAAAAUCCUUGGUAACAGGGAAUAUAUAUGAUAUGGCUGCUGAAGACAAACUCAAAGUCCUUGUUUCCCUGUGUACUCAGUUGAUAACAUACGCAACAGCUAGAGACUAUAUGGAAGAAGGAUUUGAUCAGUGCCGUAAGGUUCGUCGGGAGUGGCAGGAGGACCAGUGGGCAGAUCAGCGGAAGGAGAAAGAGGAAGCUGCUGCAAGGUAUCGGCGGAAGCAAGAGGAAAGACAGCGGCAGAAAGAGGAGCUGGAAAAACGGAAGAAAGAGAAGGAUCAGGAGAAGAUUGAUGCUGCAAAAGGAGACUCCAGUCCAAAAGUCGAAGAUGGAAUUAAGAAAGUCUCAAAACAGGAGGAAGGAGGUCAAGAAAAGAAAGGAGGAAAGAAACCUCCCAAAAAGAAGGACGAAAAUGAGAACACUUCUCAAGCAAGUGAAAUAAAAGAACCAACGACCACAGAUAGCACAGUUGACGGAAGUAAAGGUACGGCAGACAAAGAAGGCAACACAAAUAAGACUCCUGUUUUAACUAAAGAGGAGGAAGAGGAGUUGGCGCAGCAGAGACGUGAAGAACGCAAGAGGAAGGAUCAGGAAUUUAUGAAUCAAUUGGCUAAAGCAGUAUCUAGAAGUGCAAUCCAGCCACUUGGACGAGACAGAGUCUACCGGCGAUACUGGGCAUUCAAAUCAUUACGAGGACUGUUUGUGGAGGAUGAUGACCCAGAUCAACAUUUGCUUUUGGAGCCAGAGUCUGAGUCCGAAUCUGAGAAUAACGAGGAAGUAAGUGAUGAAGAAGGGGAAGAGGAAAAAGAAGAAGAAGAAGAAAAAGAGAAUGGAAACUUGUCAUUAGACUCGAACAAUUUAGUUAAAACGAAGAAGCAACAGAAAAGUUUAGUUAACGGUGAUACAACACUGAAGAAUGAGUACUUCGAGCGAAAAGCUAUGAACAUGUUUAAAGUUUAUGAUUUAGCUAGAGAAGCAUCUGAAGAUGAAAACUGGAGCGAACUUUACAGGAAACGAUCUGUGGCAAAGUGGUCUUACUUCGCUUCUAGAGAAGACAUAGACGGUUUGUUAGAAGCUUUGAAUCCACGCGGAUUCCGCGAGAGACUUUUGAAAGAUGCAGUUCAACAAGAAUACAAACAGCUUACACUUUCUGUGGACAAGUGUCCGUUGAAAGCCGAUCUUCAGGGUCAGAAAAAGGAGUUCAAGCCCAAAGGAAGGCGAGGAGGUCGAAACCAGCCUACUGUGGAUAAGUCGCGUUAUAAGACAAUGGAGGAGUUCAUUGAAGCGAAUUUACGUGAUCAGAUACUUGACCUAGAGGACAGAAUAUGGCAGGGUGGACUUGGUGUUAUUAAGAAUACAGACCGUGAGGCGUGGAGAGCUAAAGUGGAGAAUGGUAUUUAUGAUGAUAUUAACAAGACUCAGACCAAACAUGCCAGCGAUGAGUGUAAGGUGAAUGGAGUCAGUGAUGUCAAAGAAAAUGGCGAUGCACAGUUUAUGGAGCUUGGUGAAAGUGUCAGAGAGAUUAGUGAGCUUAAUGAGGACAACAAAGGGGAAACAUUGAGCGUGAAGGAAGAAAAGCCAAUGGUUUAUGAUGAUGAGGAAUUGCCAGUUGUCAAUGGAGUUAAGGAUGAGAUUAAACAAGAACACAGCACAGAAUCCGUGGAUGGCGUUAAAGUGGAAGUCAAGCCAGAUGAACGUUCAUUUACAGCUGUUCCAUUUCAUCUUCAGCUCAGUAGCCGCGCUUCAUCCCCAGCGGCAGACACUCGGUGCAGUACGCCCACUCUUAGCUUAGUUGUUGGACCUGUGGCAGUCAACCCCGCUGUCAAAGAACUUGCGCGGGAACUGCUCAAAGUGGAGCAAGGCAUAGAGAAAAAGUAUCUGAACCCACCUCUUGGUGAGGACGAGGAGACCAAGCGACAGAGACAGAAAGAGGCGGCUGCCGCGGCUGUCAGCGAGUUCAACGAGAUGAUGAAGGCUGCAGAGACUAAGGAGAAGCAGAAGAAAGACAAGAAAAAGAAGCAGAAUGGUGGAAGUGGAGAAGAUGCCAAGAACAACGAGGAGAAGAAAGGCGAGGAUGAAGGAGAAGAGGGAAGAGAAGACGACAGGAGCUGUAGUUCGUCGGAGGAAGAGGAGGAGGAACCCGUAAAACAGAAAACAUGUCUGGAGAGGUGGGAGGAGUCCCUCCUUGUGUGUACAAAUUUGUCGCAGGUGUUUGUGCAUUUGAACACGUUGGACCAGUCCAUUGCCUGGAGCAAGUCUGUGUUAAACGCUCGGUGUCGACUCUGUAGGAGGAAAGGAGAUGCGGAACACAUGCUGCUGUGUGAUGCCUGUGAUAGGGGUCAUCAUAUGUACUGCCUCAAACCACCUAUCAAGGAGGUUCCUGAAGGACAGUGGUUUUGUGGUGACUGUCGCCCCAAGGAAACAAGGCGCAGCGAGAGAAAGAAGAAACCCACGGCUAAUGAUAAAGAUCAAGAGGAAGAAAAUGAACAGUCAAACGAAAAAAAGGAAGAAAGCGAGGAAAUUAGUGACGAGGAUGAAGCCGACAGUAAAUCAAACAGUUAUCAGGAUGAGUCUGAACAAAGUGACACCAGUGAGACUUCUGAACAUGGCGAUCAAUGUGCAGUUUGUACUGAGGGGGGAGAGCUACUGUGCUGUGACACAUGUCCACUUGCCUAUCAUAUUAGUUGUGUUUAUCCGCCCUUACGACGAAUUCCGCGCGGAAACUGGGCUUGUCAAGUGUGCACGGGGGCGGACGAUGAACGACCACGGAGCUGCCGCGUAAAGAAAGCCACUAUUGAAGCUGCCCAAAGAAGUCUUCAGCAGAGCAUCAAGGUCGGGAAAAGGAAAGCUACCCGCAGCAAUUCCCGUCAGAGCAGCAGGCAAGCAAAGAACACCAACAGUCAGAGUCGGAAAAGACAACCAUCGUCUUCUCCAUCACCUCCACCGCAUUUAAGAGUUGGCACCAAAACUGACAAGUCCACUAAGCGGCGGCGACUCUCUUCUUCGUCACUUUCAGCAUCAUCUCGUUCUCCGUCGCCUGCGUCGAAAUCCAGUCAGAGACGCACUGUUAAGAUAGCGUCGCGUGGCCGUGGUCGAAGUUCUCUCGAUUCUUCUCGGUCCUCGUCUCCAAUGCCUCUAUCUGAGCCGAGUAAAAAGGCUUCUGGGAGGAAAGAUCCUAGGCUAGGAACAAAGUUUGUUUUGUGCCAAAAGUUGCUAAACGAGAUGAUUAAACACGAGGACGCCUGGCCCUUCAUUGAACCUGUGGAUGUCGAUGAGAACCCUGAUUAUUUGGAGAUCAUAGAAAGGCCUAUGGACUUAGGAACCAUCAAGCAAAAUUUAGCUGCCAAGGCAUACGAUUAUGUGGAGGAUUUCGCCGCCGACGUUCGCCAAGUGUUCAUCAACUGUUCGGAAUAUUGUCGGCCACGAGGCAAAGAAGCCCGAGCUGGGAUUCGGUUGUCGGCCUUUUUUGAGACGCAGUAUUCCGACAUGGGUCUAGAUGCGACAGAGACUCGUACGACUCGAAGUAGACGAAUAUGAAUCCGCAAAGAAGUGUGAAGAUUUAACCAAGAACCUGAGAGAAAAACAAAACUGAAGAACGGUAGUCUUUCUCCUCUCCGUUUUCUAUUUAAUGGGGAAUAAGCUUAAAGGAGAGGAUAAUGUCUUCUCUCUCGCGUAGUUAGUACUUCCUGUAACAUUGCUUAAGACACGGAGACAAAGCAAACUUUAACUACUUGACAAAAAAAAUCUCGCCCACGAUAUUAUGCUAGAUCAUUCGCUUUAAGUAGUCAAAUCAGUGUAUUUUGUACUUUGUUCAAGGCUCACUCGUCAGUCAAGCAAUAUCUCGCCGAAUAUCGCAAAAAAAUAGCAGCGUUUAUUACCGUGGAAAGCGAAUCUGCUUUGCCUUGAAUUAGUUUGAAGUAAAACUAAAAAAAAAAAAGAAUAAGCAUCAAAUGUAAUUAUUUAUUGCUUGUGGGGCGGCUGAAGUCGCUUCGAUUCGCACUAAGUUGUAUGUGUUACACUUGAAAAUAGAAUUCAGGUAUAGCGAUAUUACGAAAGACAUUAAGUGCAAUGAAGAUUGUGGAGUACUUGUCCAUUACAACUUUACUCCAAAAUUAUUAAAGCGUAGGACCAGCAUGUAUAUAGUCUCGAAGAAAUAAAGUGAGUAACUUUUUAUCAUAAA